UGUAAGACUCCAGGGCCUUCAUGCUGUGAUUAAUCAGAUGGUUCCUGAAAUGACUGGGAAAACAGACACUUUACGGGCCAGUUGAAGAGUGUAUGUCGGUGUAUAUUUAAAACCUUUCUAUGCACACACACACACACACACACACGAGAAGACAGGCUCAUUCUGGUGCACACUUGAAGCAUUUUACAACUGAUGAAAAUUAAUCUAAGAAUCAGAUGGAGCAACUUGACACCACUGGGCUCAGGGGCCCGGGGAGAAAAAUAUAUCACUAAUGGCCAAUUUUCCAUAUGGUCUUCACGGGUAAAGAAAGUUUGCAAAAAGAAGAAAAAAAAACUUGCACAGAUCAAGCUUCAAAAAUACCUCUCCAGUUGAAAUAAGGAGCUAAGUCAGACGGUGCCCGAGGGAGAAGUGUGAUUUCAAGCAUUGCCGGUGGGAUCAAGCAGUGUUUUUUGCACUUUAUUUUUCAGUGGAUUUGAUGAUUUGGACAGAGACUGUAAAAUUCUGGACUGACAAGUUUCUUUACUGUGAGCUGGUGACUGGAGGAAAGCCAGUUCAGGUUUGACGGGACAAGUUUGAACAAUGAACUGGUUCCUUUGCCUUUUUCAGUUGACUAUACUCUAGAAACUUUAAUUUAUUUUUUCCCUUUCCUUUUCUGUAUCUACAGGAUAAUAUCAUUUGAAACCGAUAAAUAAAUAUCAAGGAACAUCCAAGCAAAGCUUCUUUUCCUUGGACUGUACGUGUGGCAUCUGGAAACGUUCUCUGAAUGUGAACAGAAAAGGCAUCAGCAAAACGUGGUAACUCUUGAGGGACACAGCGGGGAAGAGCCCGACCCUGCCUGUGUUUUGCUCUCUUCUCUUCUGUGGAGUUCAAGAAGACCUGUGCAUGUAAGAGGAGGAUUACUUGAUGGACUUAAAUCUGAGAUUCUUCUUUUUUCUUCCAAGAUGAAAAAAUGUGUGAUUUUUAGGAGCAGAAAGGGGAGAAGUUAGACUGGGGGAGGAAGGAGACAGGCAAAAGAAGAAAUCUGCAGCGAGGCUUCGUUUUGUCAGCAAGAGGAUUUAGGACUCACCUGAGGCAAACACUUGGACCAGCGCCCUGGCUCUGCGUCGUGAAGGGGCUUCCUCUCGCCCCCUCUCUGGCAUGAGGGCUGCGUGGGCUGUGAGAGCAGUCAGAUAGAGCCCCGCUCUCGGGGCGGGGGGGAGCACAGGGACCUGCCAGGACACCGCUGGGGCUCUGAACCACGGCAAAGAACCUUUUCUUCCUAAACUUGGACUGCUGUCUGCACAAACUGGUCGUUCUGCACGGUGUGUGUGCCUUUUCCCCUUUAUGCAAUCUUUUUCAGCUUUAGCAGCAGAAAUUUGUCCAGUUGAGAAAACAUGCCAGAGGGUGGCUUCAGAAAGAGGAGGAUCCCUGUGCUUUGUUCCUGCGUCUGAACUUUUAAAGAAAAAAUUCCAGCUCGAGGGGUUCUUAAAGCCUUAAGUUACUUGAAAUCUAUGUAUUUGCAACCCUUGGUCUCUGGAAUCAUAUUACACUAAACUGGAAUCUCAGGCGGAAUCAGAAUAACCAAGUUGAGUAAACAGAAGGAAACUCAGUUUCUUGAUCACUACAUAUUAAUGAUGCUCUUUCUCCAAAGGGUCAGCCCACUCUUCCUCUAAGGACUUGAAAAUAAAAUGGACCCCACAUUUUUUUAAGCAUCACCUUUUCUUAGCAGACUGCCAUCAUCUUUUAUAGAGGAAUUUUUUCACUAUGCAUUUGGUGGAUCUUUAUAAAAUACUGACCUUCUAAUUAGAUCCAGGUCAAUCUUAACUGAAGGAGACCGGAGAAGCCAAGCAAGCCAACCACAAAAAUAGAAUUAAUCAAUGAGAGGAACUGGGUUAGCUUUUUCAGCACUCAGCAUUGCUCUUUAAGUACGAGAGUCCACUGGGAGAAGUAUGUAUGCAGCGGUGGAGCAGGGGCCUGUGCUCUGCAGCGACUCCAACAUCCUCUGCCUGUCCUGGAAGGGGCGCGUCCCCAAGAGCGAGAAGGAGAAGCCUGUGUGCAGAAGGCGCUACUAUGAGGAGGGCUGGCUGGCCACGGGCAACGGCCGGGGCGUCGUGGGCGUGACCUUCACCUCCAGCCACUGCCGCCGCGACAGGAACACGCCACAGAGAAUUAACUUCAACCUGCGGGGCCACAAUAGCGAGGUUGUGCUGGUAAGGUGGAAUGAGCCAUACCAGAAGCUGGCCACGUGUGACGCAGAUGGAGGGAUCUUUGUGUGGAUUCAGUAUGAAGGGAGAUGGUCUGUGGAACUGGUCAACGACCGAGGGGCUCAGGUGAGUGAUUUCACGUGGAGCCACGAUGGGACUCAAGCGCUUAUUUCAUAUCGAGAUGGGUUUGUCCUGGUCGGUUCUGUCAGUGGACAAAGACACUGGUCAUCUGAGAUCAACCUGGAAAGUCAGAUCACAUGUGGCAUAUGGACUCCUGAUGACCAACAGGUGCUGUUCGGCACGGCCGAUGGGCAGGUGAUCGUCAUGGACUGCCACGGCAGGAUGCUGGCGCACGUCCUCCUGCACGAGUCGGACGGCAUCCUCAGCAUGUCCUGGAACUACCCUGCCUUCCUGGUGGAGGACAGCAGCGAGAGCGACACAGACUCGGACGACUACUCCCCGCCCCAAGAUGGUCCAGCAGCAUAUCCCAUCCCGGUGCAGAACAUCAAGCCACUGCUCACCGUCAGCUUCACCUCGGGGGACAUCAGCUUAAUGAACAACUACGAUGACUUGUCUCCUACUGUCAUCCGCUCAGGCCUGAAAGAGGUGGUGGCCCAGUGGUGUACGCAGGGAGACCUUCUGGCAGUCGCUGGUAUGGAACGGCAAACCCAGCUUGGUGACCUUCCCAACGGCCCUCUCCUGAAGAGUGCCAUGGUCAAGUUCUACAAUGUUCGUGGGGAACACAUCUUCACACUGGACACACUUGUGCAACGCCCCAUCAUCUCCAUCUGCUGGGGCCACCGGGACUCUAGGCUGCUGAUGGCUUCGGGACCAGCCCUGUACGUGGUGCGUGUGGAGCACCGGGUGUCUAGCCUGCAGCUGCUGUGCCAGCAGGCCAUCGCCAGUGCCCUGCGAGAAGACAAGGAUGUCAGCAAGCUGACCCUGCCCCCUCGCCUCUGCUCCUACCUCUCCACUGCCUUCAUCCCCACCAUCAAGCCCCCCAUUCCAGACCCUAACAACAUGCGAGACUUUGUCAGCUACCCCUCGGCCGGCAACGAGCGCCUGCACUGCACCAUGAAGCGCACGGAGGAUGACCCAGAGGUGGGAGGCCCAUGCUACACACUCUACCUGGAGUACCUGGGCGGGCUCGUACCCAUCCUCAAGGGGCGGCGUAUCAGCAAGCUGCGGCCAGAGUUUGUCAUCAUGGACCCCCGGACGGAUAGCAAAUCAGAUGAAAUCUAUGGAAACAGCUUGAUCUCUACCAUGAUCGAUAGCUGCAACUGCUCGGACUCCAGUGACAUUGAACUAAGUGAUGACUGGGCUGCCAAGAAAUCUCCCAAAAUCUCCCAAGCAAGCAAGUCACCCAAACUCCCAAGGAUCAACAUCGAGGCUCGGAAGUCACCCAAGUUGUCCCGGGCCGCUCCGGAGCUGUCCAGGUCCCCUCGGUUGCCCAUGCGCAAGCCCUCCGUUGGCUCGCCCAGCCUGACGCGAAGGGAGUUUCCCUUUGAAGACAUCACUCAGCACAACUAUCUUGCUCAGGUCACGUCUAAUAUCUGGGGAACCAAGUUUAAGAUUGUGGGCUUGGCUGCUUUCCUGCCAACCAACCUCGGUGCAGUAAUCUAUAAAACCAGCCUCCUGCACCUCCAGCCGCGGCAGAUGACCAUCUAUCUCCCAGAGAUCCGGAAGGUUUCCAUGGACUACGUGAACCUGCCUGUCUUCAACCCCAAUGUGUUCAGUGAAGACGAAGAUGACUUACCAGUGACAGGAGCGUCUGGCGUGCCUGAGAACAACCCACCUUGUACCGUGAACAUCCCUAUCGCACCCAUCCACAGCUCAGCGCAAGCCAUGUCCCCCACGCAGAGCAUCGGGCUGGUCCAGUCCCUGCUGGCCCAUCAGAACGUGCAGCUGGACGUCCUGACCAAUCAGACCACGGCCAUGGGCGCAGCUGAGCACACCAGUGAGAAUGCCACCCAGUACCCGGUCUCCAACCGCUACUCCAGCCCUGGACAGGUGAUCUUCGGGGGCGUAGAGAUGGGCCGUCUCAUCCCGAACCCCCCGCAGCUGUCCCUGCUGCCGCCUGCACAGGGGCCCGUCCAGCUGUCGGUGGUGGAGCACGGAGCCCUCUCCUCCUGCAGUCAGUGCAGUGGAGGGGGUGCGGCCGGCGCAGGGGGUGCACAGGCGCCCAGCACCUCCCCGCUGGCCUCGCAGUCCUCCUACAGCCUCCUGAGCCCGCCCGAGGGUGCCCGUGAGCGCACGGACUAUGUCAACUCAGCCUUCACCGAGGAUGAGGCACUGGCCCAGCACUGUCCGGUGGAAAAGCCGCUGCGGCACCCCCCACUGCCUGACGCUGCUGUGGCCGUGAAGCGGCCGCCCCCUUACCAGUGGGACCCUGUGCUAGGGGAGGACGUUUGGGUGCCUCAGGAAAGGACAGCGCAGACUGGAGGGCCCCACGCCCUGAAACUGCCCUCCCUGGUCGUAGGUCAGAGCCAGCACCUGGACGUGCCCCGAGUGCCCUUCAUCUCCCCCAAGUCUCCCACCAGCCCUACUGCCACUUUCCAGACGGGCUAUGGGAUGGGAGUGCCCUAUCCAGGAAGCUAUAACAACCCCCCUCUGCCAGGAGUUCAGGCUCCCUGCUCAAAAGACUCCCUGUCCCCCACACAGUUUGCACAGCAGGAGCCCGCUGUGGUCCUGCAGCCAGCCUACCCUUCCAGCCUGUCCUACUGCACCUUGCCCCCCAUGUACCCCGGAAGCAGCACGUGCUCAAGUUUACAGCUGCCAUCCAUCGCCUUGCACCCCUGGAAUUCCUACAGCGCGUGCCCGCCCAUGCAGAACCCCCAGAGCACUCUCCCCCCCAAGGCACACUUGGUGGUGGAGAAGCCCCUCGUGUCCCCACCACCACCCAGCGACCUCCAAAGCCACCUGGGCACAGAGGUGAUGGCAGAGGCCUCAGACAACUUCCAGGAGGUCCUCUCUCUGACGGAAAGCCCGGUCCCCCAGCGGACAGAGAAAUUCGGGAAGAAGAACCGGAAGCGCCUGGACAGCCGAGCGGAGGAAGGGAAUGUCCAGGCCAUCACCGAGGGCAAAGUGAAGAAGGAGGCGCGGACGCUGAGUGACUUUAAUUCCCUGAUCUCCAGCCCCCGCCUAGGGAGAGAGAAAAAGAAAGUGAAGAGUCAGAAAGACCAGCUGAAGUCGAAGAAGUUGAAUAAGACGAACGAGUUCCAGGACAGCUCGGAGAGUGAGCCAGAGCUGUUCAUCAGCGGGGACGAGCUGAUGAACCAGAGCCAGGGCAGCAAGAAGGGCUGGAAGAGCAAGCGGAGCCUGCGCACAGCUAGCGAGCUGGACGAGUUUAAGUGCCGGAAAGCCAGCGAGAGGGAGGACGGGCGGCUGGGCAGCCAGGGCUUCGUGUACGUGAUGGCCAACAAGCAGCCUCUCUGGAACGAGGCCACCCAGGUGUACCAGCUGGACUUCGGGGGGCGCGUGACCCAGGAGUCGGCCAAGAACUUCCAGAUCGAGCUGGAGGGGCGGCAGGUGAUGCAGUUUGGAAGGAUCGAUGGCAAUGCAUACAUUCUGGACUUCCAGUACCCCUUCUCCGCUGUGCAGGCCUUCGCAGUGGCCCUGGCCAACGUGACGCAGCGCCUCAAAUGAAGAGACUGGCUUGGGGAGCAGAAAGAGACAGAGGAGCCUUUUCAGAGAGGCCUGAUCACAGAUGGUAGAGGAGCCCGCAAGGGGCUGGGUGCCUGAGGACCAGAAGACAGGAGCAAACUGGAAAAGUCUCUCAGGCCCAGGGGAGGGCACUGACCUUUAGCGUUGUCGUUUGUUUGGGCUUUUAUUAUUCUUUAUUGUCUUUCUUUUUAAUCAAACAAAACAAUACAGAAGAGAGGUGUUUGGAAGCAAAGAUACCAGGCACCUGGUGUUUUUUUGGAAACAUGAUUGUGGUAAUGUCCCACUGGGCUUGCUCAUGUCAGCUACACACACGGGUCCUUCGGAAGGAAGACAGACUGCAUUAUAGCCUGCUAUUCUUUUAGACAUACGGGGUGUGCAUUCUUCUCAUUCUCCACAACAUCACUAGUGUACAAUCAAAACUCUUUUUUUAAAAAACACACCCAAAACCCUGAAGAUACAGGUUCUCUUGAGGGACAACAUUUAAUUCGCACAUGUUAAUGUUACUCCCCUAAAGGUGACUUGAUCAAUGAAGGGUAUUUUGGCAGACACACUCUUUGACUAAUAAAAGUAGGCUUUCUACAGGGGCGCUGUUCCCAGGUGUGAGUAGGAUGUGCUCCUGAUGGUGUGGGGGAAGGGAUGACGGGCGAGGAGGAAAAUCCCGCACGUGCACGCAUGGCGAGCUCCGUAGUGUGACUUGAAAUAGUACAAGGGCUAUGCUCCUCCCUGGAGGAUGUUGACAUGAAGACUCCACUAAGUUUUAUAAUUUAUCAUCAUUCCAUGGGUUCAGUCUGACUGGUUUGAGGAGAAGGUAGGGGAGAAAUGUGGCCAGGUCCCAGGGUGCAAUGGGGGCUGUAGUUUUCUCAGCUGGAGUCGGGAGUCACUGGGCACCCUCUGGCUGAGAAGUAACAUUUACUCCCUGUCUUUUAUUGUUGCCUCUGAAAUGUGACAGUAGACGUUAUCCUUCCCAUCAGACAACACUAUUCUACACUUUCUUUCUCUAAAAAUGCUAACGAUGCUGAUUUGAAAGCGCUCCUUUCCUCUUUCAGCUACAUUAAAAUUCAGUUGACUAGAAAUGUGUUUCAACAGGUUAGAAAUGUAAGCAAAAAUGUUUAAGCAUUUGCCAGGGUGUCAAGAGGCAGAGUUGUGGUCAUCUCUUGCCCAGAAGUCCCACCAUCUUCUCCAGGAAAACAGUUGUUUAUUAACUGUGCAGACUAUUUAUAGAGAUGAACCUCUGGGGCAGCAUGGGUAAAAUUGUAGUAUUUAAGGCAGUUACUGGUUAAUUGCAGAAGAAAAAUCAACUGAGAUUAUCUUUUCCCACCUCACCCCGUCCUCAGCAGAUACCCUGGGCAGUAUUCAGCCCUGGUGACAAGACCCAGUGCAUUGUUCUCAGUUGUUUGUAUCUGUGAGGUGUUUAGGGCAGGAGCUCAAGAACUAUCCUAUGUUUGGAUUUUGUUUGAAAACAGAAAAGUGGAAAACUACAAAAAAUUAUUUUUUAAAAAAAAUUUUAAUUCCAUGUUUUAGUUUUGAAAUAUGUUCUUAAUUCCCUGUUUUGGUUUAAAAAUUAGGAAAGAAACUGUCCCAUUCCUUUCCCAGAACAAGAUGGCAUCCUUCAUGCACCACCCUCUCCAGCCCCAAAGAAACAGAUAAGGUUUUAAAUAUGGCGAAGGGCAUCUCCCAGCUAGUUCCACCUGACAUUUCAAAACAGUGGAC